AUGGCUAAUUGGACAAUACUAAACCAUACUGGGAAACUGAGCCACGAAGAUUUGGACCAACGGGCCCUGGAUGCACUCAAAGAAUUCCCUGUGGAGGGGGCCCUGGCAGUCCUCAAACAGUUUCUAGAAUCUAAUCUGGUAAUAUUUAGUUUAAACCCCUACAUCGGGGUAAUGAAGACCUAUAGGCAGAAAAGUAGAGCCGGAGUUGUAAAUAGUGGUUCAGCACCUAUACAUACUAAGGGUCCUGAUGAGGAUCGAAUUCGUGAGAUCUUGGAUAGAACUGGAUACAGCCUAGAUGUUACCACAGGUCAGCGGAAGUACGGAGGUCCCCCACCUAACUGGGUUGGAGAUGCACCUGGUGCUGGCUGCGAGGUAAUUCAGUUAGUGAAGAGAUAUAUUUGGGAUCUUAGGCUCAUGAUGGAUCCUAUGUCUGGACUAAAUAGGGGAUAUGCUUUCAUUACAUUCACAAACCGAGAUGAAGCGCAGGAGGCAGUUAAUCAGCUGAAUGAUUUCGAGAUCAGGAAAGGGAAAAAACUUGGUGUAACAAUAUCUUUCAACAAUCACAGACUUUUUGUUGGGAACAUCCCAAAAAAUAGGGACAAAGAAGAACUUAUGGAGGAGUUUACAAAACACGCACCUGGACUGUGCGAGGUGAUAAUCUAUAGUUCUCCUGACGAUAAGAAGAAGAAUCGUGGUUUCUGCUUUCUUGAAUAUGAUUCACAUAAGGCAGCCAGCCUUGCGAAGCGUCGACUCGGUACUGGACGCAUCAAAGUUUGGAGUUGUGAUAUAAUAGUUGAUUGGGCAGACCCACAGGAUGAACCGGAUGAGUACACAAUGGCUAAAGUACGUGUUCUCUACUGUAGAAAUCUUACUGCUCAGGUCACAGAGGACGAUCUUAGGGAUUGUUUCCAAGAGUUUGGUACAGUAGAACGUGUAAAGAAGAUUAAAGAUUAUGCUUUUAUUCAUUACGAAGAUAGAGAACAAGCAGUUCAAGCUCUGGAUAAGCUGAAUGGUCGGGAUCUGUGUGGAGCUGCUCUAGAAAUAUCUCUCGCGAAACCUCCCUCUGACAAGAAGAAGAAGGAGGACAUCUUGAGGAAGAGGGAGCAGAGGAUGAUGCAAGCCAUGGCCGAGAGGUAAAUAUUUUACUAAAUACUUGAUUAU